GGUGUAUAGUGCACAUGUGGGUUCAUUUUGACAGUUAAAAACCACAUUAAACCACACUGGUUCGGUUCGGUGGUGAUGUCGGAUCAGGAUUGCCCAACAGAGGAGAGGAGUUCUCUGAGCGGUCUGCUGCUCGCCUCGCACGCCCCGCUGGAUGACGCGCAGCGCGCCGGACGGUUGAAGUGCUCGCGAUGCGGCUCGUCGCGUAUGUUCUACUGCUACAGCUGCUGUGCAUUGGUCGGGUUGGAGUCACAGGACGUACCGAGCGUCAAGCUUCCGGUGAAGAUUGACAUCAUCAAACACCCAAAUGAAACAGACGGAAAGAGCACCGCAGUGCAGGCUAGACUGCUUGCUCCACAGGACGUCACCAUCUACACCUACCCCUGUAUCCCGGAGCUCGACCAGUCUGCAGAAAAUAUCGUGCUGGUGUUUCCCGGUCCAGACGCCAUGAUGGUUGAGCAGUUAUGGGAGUAUUUUUCCGCAGGUGGAGAGAGCUCCGAUGGUGAGCCGAAAACAAAGAGGUUAAAGGCUGAGAAACAGAGUGACGCAGCUGCUGAUACACACACCUGUCCAAUUCAAAGAGUCGUUUUCAUCGACAGCACAUGGAACCAAACCACCAGAAUCAUCACAGAUGAACGUCUACAAGCUUUACCAACUGUGGAGCUCAAGAGCAGAAGAACCUGUUUUUGGCGGCACCAGCAAGGAUGUCCGGACACAUACCUAGCGACCAUAGAGGCCAUUUACUACUUCCUGAAGGACCUUCACAACCACUAUUUCUCAGAGUACAAAGGAGAAUAUGAUAAUCUGCUCUUCUUUUUCUCAUUCCUGCAUAAGCUCAUCAACAAAGCCAAACAGGCUGCUGGGAAAGAAAAAAGACCUCAAAUGACUUGUGACACAGGGACACACCAUACCAAUAAAAUGCUCCAGCUGUGAGUGGCAUGCGCUCAUCCAUUUAAAACCCAUGUGUUUUUAUUUUUAAGUGAAUCCUGGAUAUAGAUAGUGUGUCACAGUGAUAUUUAAAUGUUUUUAUUUACAAAUCAAAGACUACAUGCAUUUGAAAAUAUUCUCAGCAUCUCAUUAUCACUGGUAAUUGAAUUGACUGAUUGGCAUGUUGUGUUUAAGGCACUUUAAAGUGUAUCU